UGCUAUUACUCCAAGUGUCCGAAAUGCUUAAGGUGGAUCCGGUUGGGCAAGGUCGCAGGCGUGGGCCGUGUCUCAAGGAAGGUGAGACUUCAUGACAGCAUCAACAAUGACCAAGUUGUUGUAGGCUUGUAUACCAACUACUUUCAGCACUUCCUGGCAUGUUCUCAAGAGGAAGAAGGGCCAGCUGAGGAGUUGUAGAUGGGGCCAUGUUAGCCCGUGAGGCGGGGAUAAAUUUGGCGUGUAGUGUCUGUUUUUUUCCAGCCGAUUUGAUUCAUUCAUCAGGCACACUAUAUGUUCCACAAAGGUGAAGAUCAGACCAGACAUUAUCAUUUCGUACUGAUAUAGAUAUAUAUGUCUGUAUACAAGAUGUUCGAACUAGAAAACAUUAUUGAUCUAGUGAUCGGCGCCCAAUACGUGGUUUCCAGCUCGCAGGGCCUCGAGGAGAUUACGGAACGCCUGGCCAAAGUGAAGCCGUUUCUAAAUACCGACGGUUUGACAGUGGAGUUCCUCCUGCGAUUGCUGGUUGUCUCCCUUCCAGUGCUGUUAUGUGAUGAGGGAAUUGUCAAAUGUGUGGAAUCACUUCUUGAGGUGAAAGAACAACAUGAUUUUGAAAAUCACAAGCAAGGAGAAGAUGUGGACAUCUCGUCUAUCUUGGGCACAGAAUCGGAAGUACCUGCCACCAUCACGAAUUUACUUGGACUAUCUUUAGAGCAGAAGAAAAUGAUGGUUGAAAAACUGUACGAGUCAAUCACCACAGAAACCCACAGAUAUAACUUUAGCGUUCAAGAUGAUGGGAACAUGAUCACUGACGCCAAACUUUUCAGCAUGUGCAUGAAGAGCUUUAUUUUUAGAAUCAACUAUGACUUGGGGAGUUUUCGUUGCACAGAUGUGUUAAUCAGUGCUAUAAAGCAUUCCAGGUUUGCAGAUUUGGAGUUAUUGGAUUGGAUCAAAGGGUUUUACAGCCCUAUGAGCAGAUUGUCAAAAACGCUCGAAUACGAUCAUCCGUUGCUAGACUACGAGAACCUACUUCCAACAGAAGAGAAAGUGCAAUUGAUCAUGACACAUAUAACAAAGGAGAAAAAAGAUUCAGGAAUAAUUAACGAAGUUCUUAUCCCGUAUUUCCAAUACGUAGGGAUAGACGCUUGGAACUCCUUAAACAUCUGGCUCCAGGAGUUUGGCUCCAAGUGCAUCAAAGAAGCAGAUCACUUAAAAUUGAUUAAUAACUAUAAGGUGCUUUUAUAUUUACUGAGGCACGACAAGUUGUUGCUAGCAUUGGACAGCCUGGAAUAUACCGUGAAGGCAACAUUUGUCUGCACAAUCCUGGCGACAAUAUAUCUUUGCCCAAGGGCUGUUUUACAAGUGUUUGUCUACUCCAAAGAGAUGUUGACGUUGCUCAAAUAUUUCACUUUGGAAGAUGGUCCAGAUGUUUUUAGUGCUGAAAAUCUAUCUGGUUUGACGUUAAGUGAAGUUUCUCACAAGCUUUCUGCUUCUUAUAAAACGAUCGAUUCGAUUUUGAACGUCAUUGACGUUGGAGAGAUCUUGUACUCGAACGAACUAUCAUUUGUUGACAUAAUGACUUUAGAAAACUCUAACAAAAGUGUACAGUAUACUGAGCUAGUGAAGUUCAUCGAUAAUGAAGUCACAGUGGAAACUAACGACAAGAAAUGGUCGUUGUUUUUGAGCUCGCUUUAUGCAACAUUCAAAAAAACAUCAGUUUUCAACAAAAUAUCUAUAGAAGAAUUAUGUGAGGUGAUACUUGGAAAAUUGCUUGGAAUGAAGCAGUACUCGGUGAUAGCGAACAUCUAUCAGAUUAGCUUUAACCACUUGUUAAAAGAUAACUAUGAAAAUAUCAUUGCCAAGCAUUGUUGGCAAUUGUACAUGAAGGCAAGGAACUGCGAUCCGAAAAUAGGAUCCCUUAAAGAUUGUGCCAAUUGUUUAAAGCUGCUUAGCUCUACUUCAGGAGAUGCGCAUCGUUUAUCCUCACUUAUAGAGGCCAACAGUAAGUUGUUAGAGUGGAAGUUUUAUUUAAAGCCAGGAGUACCAAUUACUCCAAAAAACGUCUUUGAAGUCGACGAUCCACUUGCUAUCAUCAAGAGAAUUCUCGAGCUUAAUGAAAAUGCAUACAUGUAUCCAGGCGACCUUUAUUAUCUUUUGGCUUUACUAAUUGAUGGCAUGGACAAAGUCAGUAAGGAUAGCCUAUACUUGAACAAAGGUAAAUCAUAUGAUGAUCCUACCAAUCUGUUGGUUGUAAAGCUUAGAUUAUUGUGUUUGGAAUUUUCCUCAGCGAUGGACUAUUCCUACUCAUUUGAUCUUGGUUUUGAGCUUUUAGCUUUUGCGAUUACAAGAAAAUACGAAGUUGAAGGACUUUUCGAACUAGUGAGUGAGAACUGGUUUUUAUUUUUCCAGUUAUCAAAAAAUGAUUAUGACAAUGUUUCCGAAUCUUCGGCUGUUAAUAAUAAGAUGAAGCUUUUGGGUAAGCUCUUGUUGCUAACUCCAACUGAGUUUAAUACCAUUGUUUUGGAACAGUGGCAGAUGCUUAACUCACAACAAGAGCAAAUGAUGGCAAGUAGUGAUAUUAGCCAGCAAGUUCAACAAAAGUCUUCGACUCCGAUAGAAACGUCUCUAGGAGACGUUCAGGCCCGUUUGCAAAGAUCACUAAAGUCAUCAGCAGAGGAGUUGUUAAAUACAGACAGCUCUGAAUUAGGGAAAAAUAUUAUAGGCUGGAUUGUAGGCGCAAACUGAGUAGGUUAAGCAUAUCUCUAUUUAGUAACUCUACAUAUUUAUAUAAUGUACCCUAUACACAUGGCGUUUCUAUAUGACCUACCAAAAAAUUAUUACGAUCUCCCCUCAAAUAGUCGUUCAAAGCUGUCGGUUUCGUCCUCGGACAUCAACAUAUCGGCUGGAACCUUACUUUUCUGAUCCUUCUUCAAGUCGAGCCUUUCUUUUUUGUUUUUAGCUUUAUCCUGGCCGGAAUCCAUUAUUUUAUUUCUUUUAUCUUUGUUCUUGUUGAGAUUUUGAAUCAUUUCUGCAAUUCCUUUGGACUGUUUCUCAAAUUUGGCAAACCGUUCAGGACUAGCAGAUAAUUCCUGCAAGUUUU